AUGGGCGUCCUCACCUGGCUCGGCCUCCGCCGCAGCGAGUGCUUCGACAGCCCGACGCUGCUCGACCACCUGCUCACGUCGCCGCUGGCGUACCUCGUCUCGCGCUUCUACCACCUCGCGCUCUUCCUGCGCGGCACGCCCUUCUACCCGCCGCGCAGCCGCCCGCCCAUCCGCGUCGUCUGCAUCUCCGACACCCACGACCAGGUCGUCAGCGUCCCCGCGGGCGACAUCCUCAUCCACGCCGGCGACCUGACCAACGACGGCUCCGCCUCCGCCAUCCAGAAACAGCUCGACUGGCUCAAGGCCCAGCCUCACCGCGUCAAGGUCGUCAUAGCGGGAAACCACGACAGCUUCUUUGACCCGGAGGCGCGCUCCGACGAGGAUGUGCGCGCGGGUGCCGCCCUCAAUCUGGACGGCUUGGUGUAUCUCCAGGGCGAGCUGACGGUGCAGGAGAUCAAGGGCCGGAGCAUUUCCAUUUUUGGGGCGCCCGACAUUAUUGAGUGUGGCCCCAAGAACUUUGCAUUCCAGUACAAGCCCGAAUCCCACCCCUGGCUGAGCAAGGUGCCGCUGCAGACCGACAUACUCGUCACCCACGGCCCUCCGAAAUACCAUCGCGACCUUGACCUCGGCUGCCCGCACCUCCUGCGCGAAGUCUGGCGCGUCCGCCCCCGCCUGCACGUCUUCGGACACAUACACUGCGCCUACGGCAAGGAGGCGGCCUAUUUCGACGACGUGCAGCUCGCCUACGAGCAUUUCCUCGCCCGGCCCCGCCGAGGCCUGCUCGGCGACCUCAUCCCCAGCGGGACGUGGGUCGACGCCGCGAAGGUCGUCUUUCACGGCAUCCACAGCGUGCUGUGGAAGUGGCUCAUGGGCGGGCCGCGGAGCAACCAGGGCAGCCUCAUGGUCAAUGCGGCGCAGAUGUACAAGAACUCGGGCCGCGCGCGGAGCAGAGCCAUUGUAGUCGAUAUUUAA